CUCCGGAUUGGGCCGAAGCCCCCAAAGAGGCGGGUCUUUCUAAAACUUGGAGCGCGUUCAGCUUGGGGAGCUGGAACUUGGCGAGUUGUUGAGCUGGGGCAGGUUUGGUUUGGGCAAGAGCAAGAGCGGAGGAAGGCGCAGGGCCGGACCCGGAGCGAGCCCACAUUCCGCGCAGGAGCAGCUGGCUGGUGAGGGCGGCGGGACCAUGGAGCGCCUCGCCCUCUUUGUCUCCGCAGCGCUUUUGCUGCUGGCCUCGCAGAGCAGAGGACAAGACUUCGACUUGGAAGAUGCACUUUCAGAUAUUGAGCCAACAAAAAAGCCUACUCUUCCUACCAAACACACACCACUACUUGAUGACCUUGACUUAGGAGAUGCUGUGAUUGGGGAAGACCCCCACAAACCAGACCCACCAAGGCCUCAGCCAAACCCUGGAACUCAUGAAGACACUGGGGGACUAAGUGAUGCAGACUUAGCUGAUGGUGGGGUGCUUCCAGCUGACCCCCCAGCUGGCCCAGGAGGCCGUGCUUCUAAUCCCUCUAAAGGUGGACAUGGCUCCGGUUCCAAUGAAAAUGCAGAAGGUUCUCAAGGAAUGCUGGCUGGUAUCAUUAGCUCAGUCGUAGUGGCAAUAGCCGGGGCCGUAUCAAGUUUUAUAGCUUACCAGAAGAAAAAGCUCUGCUUCAAACAAAGUGAUCAAGAGAAUGUCAACAUGGAAAGUCAACAAGGAGCACAUGCAGAACCACCUGUUCAGCGUACCCUCUUGCAGAAAUCAUAGUGAAAUUUACGAUGAAGAGAAUACCAGAAUCUGGAUAGAGAAUCUACCCGUCUCCCUGGAAAAAAUAACAAUAUAUUUCAGGCAACAAAACAAUGAAACUGAAAAGUAGAAUUAAAAUAGUCCUGUUGAUACAUCCUUUGAAAGGAAGAAGACCGUUUUUAACAAAUGAAACUACAUGUAUCUCUAGUUCAUUCUUUAGAAACUCAGAAAUUGCAUUUGAUUAAUCAUUGGCUUGAAAACAUUCUGGUUGGAAAUCAUUGUCUGAAAUCUUGGGUUUUUUUGCCCGAUGGGAGGGAACUUUGAAAGGGGAGAUACUAAAAAAUAUCAUUUGGGAGAUUAAGUGUUGAGGCAAGUCCUAUUUGUUGCAUUAUUGCAUCUUAUGAGCUCACACAUAAGAUGCAUCUAUGUGUAUAUACUGACACUCCCAGAGUUAGCAACAUUUUACUUAUAAACAACUUAUAGUUAAGAAUGGGACUGAGACAAUAGGAAGUGAGAAAAAUCUACCCCUCAGAAGGGAAAUUCACUCCUGAAAGAGUUAUUGUGGGGAAAAGGUGUCUCAGCUGAAGUUUUAUCGUCCAUCUUUGUUUCCACAACAAUCCACAUUUUUCAAAAUCCAAUUAUCAUAGGGACAGAAAGUAAGGCAAAGUCUUCUGAACAGGGGCACAGACAGCAAAACAAACUCCACAGAGGUGUUAACCUUUCCGUAUACUAUUAAAAGAUGAUAUAUAUGUAUACACACUUUAAAAUGUACCUGUUCCGACUACAAACAAAUUUAACUAAAGAUUGAACCUUCUUUAGGCCUGUACGCAUUCAUGCCAGGCCUUCCUUCAGGCCCCUGGUUUGUAAUAGGCCACUUAUUUGUUUGGAAAGGCAAUACAUGCUUGCCAUUGCCUCAUCAUUCUCUCACUCCUAAUUAGAGUAUGUGGAAGCCUCCUCUUAUACAGAGGAAUUAGUAUGCAAACUGAUGUUAUACACCUUUGAGAUUGAGAGAAAGAAAUUGUAGCAUAACAUUUCACAGACUUAGUCUAAGGAAAGCUUAUGGUAUAAUUUCUUUUCCACAGUCUCAGAGGUAUGCGACAAGAUCCCCUUUCAUACUGAUAUUCUCAACUAACAUGUCUUUAAAUUUUAUAUAGAUUUUUAUUUUUGCAUUUGGGUCUAUCUUUGGCAAAGAGCAGGCCAACCAUAGAUCCCAAAGCCAAAUCUGGCCUUCCUGAAGUUCCAGUCCAACCAUUUGCAGUGUUUGUUGUGGCCAUGUUUUCUUUUUCAUCUCACCAUUUUUUGGUAACUAUGAUUUUUUUUCCUCUAAAAGGUUGAAAUGCCUUUCCAUUGUUGUAGUAAGAUCUACAGCAGUCCUCUUCAACCUGGGGCCCUCCAGGUGUUUUGAACUUCAGCUCCCAGAAUUCCUGAUCAUUGAACAAGCUGGUCAGGUCUUCUGAGAGUUGGAGACCCAAAUAUCUGGAGGGCCACUAGUUGAGGAGGCCUGAUCUAAAGCAAGCAAAUAUUUUGAGUCCCAGUCUUUUGCCUCUGUCUUCCAACAUUACUGGAAUGUGACCUUUGAGAAUGUCUCUAAACUUGGAAGUUGUGCCGGGUAACCAUAACUAUUAAGAACUGUCUCCGAUUCUUUCUGAGCUGCUGCAUCUAGUCUCUGUUCUCUGGUGUCACAUUGAGAAUAUUUGGCAGAUGUCUAUAAUAAUGCAUCUGUUGGCCUUAUAAAGGAGUAAUUAACUCAAAUGGUUGUUUUCACUUUGAAGCCAAUCUGACAUUGUACUUUUGCCUUCCUAUGCAGUACAUUAGAAAAUGAGGUUGUUGAAGUGACUGUUGCCUUAUCAUUUAUCACUUGGAAAUGAUGUUCUUAAGAAACAUCAUGUCUUGUACAUGUUGCACAUGCGGCCUUUUAAUGCAAAAAUGAAUUAUUUUGUUAAAAUAUCUAUAAAGCAAUUCAAACACACUAUCUUCUUCCUUGAGUGGUGUAAUGGCUUGAGUGCCAGACUAGGACACUGGGAGACGGGGGUUUGAAUCAGCAGUGGAAACCCAGUGAGUGGGCUUUAGCAAGUCAACCCUCUUAGCUUCAGAGUAAGGCAGUGAUUCAGUUCCUCUGAACUAAGUUUUGCCAAGAAUUUUUUUAUAGGUUUGCCUGAGUUUUGCCUUAAGUUGGAAGCUAUUUGAAGGCAUGUGAUAACAAUAACAACCUCCUCUGUUUCCUUUUUCCCUCUUCUGAUAAUAAAGCCAAUGAGACUGAAUUGUGAUGAAGUACAAUACAAAAAUUAAUUGACAUAAUACAAUUGCCUUUUAAAAUUGUGUGAAGACAUGUGCCUCUGACUAGUUGAUUUACCUCUAUGCUUCCUAAGUGUCCUGCCAGCUCUUUUUUUUGUAUUUACAAAAAAUGACAUUUUUGUGACAACUUUAUUCUUCAACAAAUAAAUAACAAAGUUCCAAAAAUAAGCUUUAUUACUUCAAAUGCCUUAAGCAGUACAUCCUGAAGUGCCAUAAAUUUUACCUGUAGCAAGUAAUUGAUCAAACCAAAUAUUACAUGUAUUAUUCUAUUGGCUAAGAAGAAAGACAUACUAGUACUAUUUUCAUUAGAUGAAAUUAUUCUCAAAAAAAAAAAUCCCUGAAUUCAUGCUUUCACUUCCAAGGUUAGCAUUUGCCAAUGAAACCAGCCGUAUUGUGACAUGUUUGAUUAAAACUGUUUUAUUUUCUGAUAAUGCGUAAUAUCUAGCUAAGCACUAUGUGGCUGUAAGUUAAUCACAUUAUCAUCCAGAAUGCAAUUUCUGUAUGCAUGGACUUCUGGAACAAAACAAAAUUGUCUAGCAAUUUCCUUUUUAAAUUAGAUAGAGGCUACCAAGUGACGCAUGGAUCCUUAAAUUUGUCCUUUUUGCAUUACAGUAAUAUGGAAAAUAAAAAAAUCAAUUUUUCAUCACCAAUUUUAAACUGAGCUAGACAAAUUCUGCAACAAAUGUAUGUCUUGAUUGAUACAUUAAGGAUAUUUACAUUUUAAAACAAAUAAGAUGAUUGCGAAUUGCUUUUAUUAAGUAGCAAUACUUUUUAUAUUACGCAUUUUGUAACCCAGGAGGAAUGCUAAACUUUAAUAUAUAGGUGUUUCUGAUGUCUCAAGAUGUCCCUGUGUCAUUUUUGAACCACCAAAGUUUUAACUCGGAACAUAACUUAUAUUGUCUCGUGAAAGCUAUGAGGCAUAUUUGAAAUUUGUGCUCAAUAGCCCAAUCAGAUGAGCAUGUUUUAUUUCCAGGACUGUAAAUCUGUGUGUGCAUCUGUUUGCUUAUGUACACAAAAUGGUUGUGCACAUACACACAAUUUGGAAAUAAACUCAGUUGAAAUUAGCAGUCAGCUCCAUUGAAGGGAUGUACAUCUGUAUAAACAUACAUAUGAUCAGGUUUUAAUCCAUGGAAUGAAAAUCACUAUAUCAUAGAUCAUCCCAAUGGUAUGUUGUGUUUAUCAUAUGGUAAACAUGUAUAGUGUAUUUCUAGCUCUUUGGAUGUGUUAUGUUUUCAAAUAGAAUCAUGGAGGUUUGGAGUGUGAAAGCCAAGAAUUUGGAAAUUAAAAUUUAAUAAUUGUGAUUUCUUUUUUAAAAAAUAAACAAAUCUAAAACCA